AUGCUCUUCCUUAACUUCAGCUUGGCCUUCAAUACCAUCAUCCCAGACAUCCUUAUAGCCAAGCUGAUUGUGGGAUACCUGGUUGUGCGGGUGAAAAAGAUCAACAGCCUCCGACAGGCAGAGGAAAAGAUCAAGAGAGCCAGAAACAGGAGAGAUGAGAGCUUGCAGCGCGCAGAGCAGGAGGUGCUCCACUACAAACAGUCGCAUCCGACAACUGACUCUGCUUUCAUCCUGACGCUCUCCCUGUCUGAGCUGACACAGCAGCUGAACGAAGGCUCACUUACCCCUGAGGAUGUGUUUUACUCUUACAUGGAAAAGGACAGUGUGCUUGUUCAAGUCCUGAAGAAACAAGGAGCUAUUCCCUUUGUGAAAACCAACUUGCCUCAAGGUCUUUUGAGCUAUGACUGCAGUAAUCCUAUCUACGGGCAGACUGUGAACCCUCAUAACCCCCAGAAGACCUCUGGAGGUUCAUCUGGUGGGGAGGGGGCUCUCAUCGGGGGAGGGGGCUCCCUGCUUGGUAUAGGCACUGAUCUAGGCGGCAGUAUCCGUAUUCCUGCAUCCUUCUGUGGAAUCUGUGGUUUCAAACCAACUGCAGGUCGGCUCAGUUCACAGGGAUCUCGUCCAAUUUAUAGAGGGCAAAAGUCAGUGCUAUCUUCACCUGGACCCAUGGCAAGAGAUGUGGACAGCCUGGCUCUGUGCAUGCAGGCACUUCUUUGCGACCACAUGUUUUCUUUGGACCCCACUGUUCCACCAUUACCUUUUAAUAUGGAGAUAUACAGAACCACCAAACCUCUAAGGAUUGGUUGUUUGGAAAACGAUGGCUACAUGCAUCCAUCUCCGAGCAUGGCCCGAGGCGUUAGAGAGGUGAAAGCUCUGUUAGAGCAGGCGGGACACACAAAUAAUGCAUAUCUAUCUAUCUAUCUAUCUAUCUAUCUGCAGUCUCCUCGUGUCUCUGCCAUCAUAAAGGCUCUUUGUGGAGUUGGAUCUGUUCCAGAGCUGUGGAAGCAACAUGCUGCUGUUGAGGACUACAUUCAAGAGACAAUAGCACAUUGGAGGAGCUGCAACAUUGAUGUGCUGCUGUGUCCUGUGAUUGGACCAGCCUACAACUUCUUUUACUGUAGCAAAAUUCCAACUGCUAUUAGUUACACAAUUGUCUACAAUCUCCUAAACUUUCCUGCGGGUGUAGUCACUGUUUCCACAGUGACCGCAAAGGAUGAGGAGGAACUCAAGCACUAUAAGGGCUGUUAUCAGGACAUGUGGGACAAACUCUUCAAAGAGGCAGUGACUGGGGGCGAGGGUCUGCCUGUGGCGGUCCAGUGUGUUGCUCUGCCGUGGCAGGAUGAACUCUGCCUGCGCCUCAUGAAGGAAGUGGAACAACUGGUCAAACAGAGCAAGAAGUAAAGCUGCUUUCUUUCUGAGUCUCACAUGAAAGACUGCAGACUUCAG